CAUUAUUUGUAAAAAGGAUGCCAUGCAUUCGCAACCUUUCUACUGUCUUCAACUAAGGAGUAGUGAUGGUGUUGUGUGUCUUGACAUGUCCAGCGUUAAGUGCUUUUGUUUUUCCAAAUUUGAGUGUAGAACCGGAGCAUAAACCGAAAGCAUCUAUAGCCGCUCUGAUCCGCUCGAUUUUUUUGAAAGGUAGUCACCACGGAGAUGUCAUCGGCAUAAGCAUAGUUUGACGCGCUGUCAAACUAGCCCAUUUUGAAUGAGAAAGUGACCAUUUCAAGUGAAGAUGAUCCCAACAACAUGAGAGCUAUCCCAUUUCGGCAGCACGAGAUCCCAAAUCCGCUGCGAAAAAUCCCAAAUCGCUUGAUGGUGAUCCCAAUUCAGCGGAGGUUGAUCCCAACUAGCUCGAGAAACGGUGUAAUCCUGGACAGAAGCUUAUAAUCUCCAUUAGGGAGGGAUAUAUGUCGAUAAGCAGACAUGGCAAGCGCACACUUCUUUGGUUCAGUGUUGUAGACUAACCAAAAAUAUUAUGAUUAAUAUAUGCAUAUUACAAUUAUUUGGUUAAGUGCUACGCACUGGAAGAGUUAGACUACUACAGAGUCUACGAGUUUGCUGCAGUCAUAUGAUGGGUUGUUUGGGGUUGUAUUGGAAGAUCGCCAUAUCGCCAUCGUACACAUGGACAUAAUAAUUGUAUUUGGUUGCCGCUUAUUAAAGUUGAAUUCCCAAUGUGCAAUGGGAUUAUGAUCAAGCACCAAGCGUAAUAAUGGUUUACUGAUAACUCAUCAAUCCAGGGUUAUCAUGCGUGCAUGCACGUAUGUAUGCGCAACAUUGAACUUAGUUUUGCAAUAGUAGUUCACAAGCAUUCGAGUAACAUGGGUGAGGUGCGCGUACUUGUGGUGAUGAUAGUAUUGUUAAUUUGCAACAAUUUUGGUUAUACGGCAAACAGACCCGACUCACAUAUGUAUUUGGAAGGAAAAAGUUGUCGUACGCCCUUUAUAGACGAUGGAAAGUGCAUGGAUGUAGAAUUAUGUGACCCGGCUUUUUUAUAUUCGUUGCCCUAUCAAGAUCAUACUUCCGCGUGCCAACGAAAUGCGUUCCACACAGUUUUUUGUUGCCAGCCUUUUCUGGAUUUUUGUAAAACCCGUACUUACAAGCAAAUCACGCACGGCACUGAAGCGAAACCAGGAAUGUUUCCUCACCUUGCCCGGUUGGCGGAAAAUACACAAGAUGGAACUGUUUGGAGAUGCAGUGCAAAUAUCAUAUCGGUGAAUUUUCUACUAUCCGCCGCUCAUUGUAAACCAACGGCGGACAUUGCGGGAGUUGGCUGUACUGAACCACUGAUAUGUGAACAACAAAUAAAUGUAAAGAACUUCAUUUCACACCCAGAGUACAAGAAACCGUCAAAAUAUCACGACAUUGCCCUGGUAGAGCUAAAUAGCAAUAUAAAGUUUAAUGAUCACGUACUUCCAAUUUGUCCAUAUGCCAGAAUGGAUGAUUUACCAGAGACGGAAGAUCUGAUUAUUGCCGGAUGGGGUCGAGAUGAAGAUUAUAAGGAAUCGCAACAUCUGAUGUAUGCGACCGUGCGGACGGUACCGAAGAAUAAGUGCGGAGAAGAAUAUCGGAAAGUGAAUCGGAUAUUGGGCAAUACACUCGGCGAUGGAAUAGUCGAUGAACAGUAUUGUGCACAGGGAGCGUUAGUAGAGAAAGUUUAUUCAUAUGUUGAUGCGUGUCAAGGAGAUUCUGGCGGACCAUUACAAGUUAGGCAGAACGAUGAUGAAUAUUUGAUAGGAGUUAUAUCGACUGGAAUUGGGUGUGGUUCAAGUUUGCCUGGAUUAUACACACGAGUAGCUGCUUAUUUCAAUUGGAUCAAUACCACAAUCACAGGAUCUCAAUCUAUCCAAUAUCCUUAGUUGAUUGAAGGCAAGUUCGAUGAUAAACACUGAUAAAACUACCUGUUGUUUAUAAGGAUUGUCAUGAACGUAGACAUACGUCUACGGAUUUAUUGAUUUUUUUUGGCAAGGUAAUGGAAUGUAUGGAUGUGGCGUAUACCUAUGCUUUACAUAAUAAAAGCAAUCAGUAAAUUAA